GAUACACUCGCUCCGUUCCUCGGUCCCAACACCACCAACGCCGUCGCCGCCGCCUCAUACAUCUGCAACCAAUUUUCCGGUGUAUCGGACAGAUUCGUCGAUACCGGUUAUGCAAUCGAUACCACAUAUCUCCUCUUCUCAGCUUAUCUCGUUUUCUCUAUGCAGCUCGGUUUCGCUAUGCUUUGCGCGGGCUCUGUCCGUGCAAAGAAUACAAUGAACAUCAUGCUUACAAAUGUCCUCGAUGCUGCCGCCGGUGGACUUUUCUAUUACCUAUUCGGAUUCGCUUUCGCUUGGGGCGGUCCGUCUAAUGGAUUCAUCGGCCGACAUUUCUUCGGGCUUAAAGAGAUCCCGUCAAAUUCAUUCGAUUACAGUAAUUUCCUCUAUCAAUGGGCUUUCGCCAUCGCCGCCGCCGGUAUCACCAGCGGUUCAAUCGCCGAACGCACCCAAUUUGUGGCGUAUUUGAUUUAUUCCUCUUUUCUAACGGGUUUCGUUUACCCGGUUGUAUCUCAUUGGUUUUGGUCCCCAGAUGGGUGGGCUAGCCCGGGUAAUUCAAAUCUUUUAUUCGGAUCCGGUGUUAUCGAUUUCGCCGGGUCGGGUGUAGUUCACAUGGUAGGUGGAAUUGCCGGGUUUUAUGGAGCUUUAAUUGAAGGUCCGAGAAUCGGGCGGUUCGAUCAUACGGGUCGAUCCGUUGCACUUCGUGGACAUAGCGCGUCACUCGUGGUUCUAGGCACCUUUUUAUUAUGGUUCGGAUGGUACGGGUUUAACCCGGGUUCAUUUAAUAAAAUCCUAAUUACUUACGACGGUGCAACCGGAGGGUAUUAUGGUCAAUGGAGCGCUGUAGGCCGAACCGCGGUUACAACUACCCUAGCCGGUUGCACCGCGGCCCUAACAACCCUUUUCGGUAAAAGGAUCCUUUCGGGUCAUUGGAAUGUUACCGAUGUAUGUAACGGUUUACUAGGCGGAUUUGCAGCAAUCACGGCUGGAUGCUCGGUUGUUGAGCCAUGGGCCGCGAUUAUAUGUGGGUUCGUGGCGGCUUUAGUUUUAAUCGGUUGUAACAUGUUAGCGGAGAAAUUUAAAUACGACGAUCCACUUGAAGCAGCACAAUUACAUGGUGGUUGUGGUGCAUGGGGGAUAAUUUUCACUGCAUUAUUUGCUAAAGGGGAGUUUGUGGAUCAAGUAUACCCGGGUAUACCGGGUCGACCUCACGGGUUAUUCAUGGGUGGAGGAGGGAAACUACUCGGGGCGCAUGUAAUCCAGAUUCUCGUUAUAAUCGGGUGGGUCAGCGCGACAAUGGGUCCGCUUUUUUAUAUCCUUCAUAGAUUCAAGCUUCUUCGGAUAUCAUCCGAAGACGAAAUGGCGGGUAUGGAUCUGACCCGACAUGGUGGGUUUGCUUAUUAUCAUGAAGAAGAUUCGAAAUUAGGAAUGCAAAUGAGGAGAAUUGAACCAACAAGCUCAACUUAGAAAAAGGGAAAAAAAGAAAUUUAUCUUUUAAUUUAUUAUUAUAUAUUUGUCCUUUGAAUGUUCUAUUUUAUAUUUUAGAAAAUUAAUAUUAGGGUGUUUGUGAAAAGAGAAAAAGGAAAAAAGAAGAAAAAAAGUGGAUUUUUUUAGGGUAAAAUGGGUGGUUGUGUAUGAAGAUAAUGUGAACAUGGACUCUUUUUAUUAUUAUUUUCUAGUUUUCUAUCUUUGACUUUAUAUGCACUUAUCUUUGUACAUAUAACUCAACUUUACUAUUAUUAUGGAACCGUCAAGCUUGACUUGUCCUUUUUCUAUUA